GAUGCUUGUAUUUCGGACAACUGUGGUAUUGGCGAUUUCUCGGCCAUUACUAACAAGGACAUAAAAUUGGCCCUAAAAGGCUACAAGGGCCCCAAGAAUGAGAAGUUUAAGGGCUACUGUCUGCACCCGGACAGGGAGUCGUGUAUACCUAACGAAAUAACAUGUUUUAAGGACAAGGACUGUUGCAGCGACAGGAGUUCCCCAUAUUUGACACGAAAUUUUAAUCACUGGUCUAAAAAGGGGGUUAAGGGCCCUAAACCUAUCCCAGGGUUUGGCAACAUUUUGAGCCCUUUCCUCACUGAACAGAUUAUACUCGAAAAAGACUGGAUUAAAAAAUACGGCAAAAUCUAUGGCACUUUCGAGGCCAAUAAACCCAUACUAACCAUCGCUGACCCGGCGCUCAUCAAACAGAUAAUGGCCACCGAUUCCCAUGCCAAUAAACCCAUACUAACCAUCGCUGACCCGGCGCUCAUCAAACAGAUAAUGGCCACCGAUUCCCAUGUAUUCAACAUCAACGUGACGGAUCCCAUACUCCAGGCGCCCGCACACCCCAUACUGUCCAAGACAUUGGUGGCCAGUAAUGGUCAGGACUGGCGUCGGGUGCGCUCUCUAUUCAGCCCCGCCUUCUCGACGUCCAAAAUGAAGACAAUGUUCGCACAAAUGCGUGAAUGUCUCACACUUUUGCUCAAUAAUCUGGAACCGUAUGCUAUGGGCACCGGUAGGGAGGUUGAGCUGAAGACCAUGUACGGCAACUAUACUAUGGACGCCAUAGCUACCUGUGCUUUCGGCACCAAAUUGAAUGGAUAUACCGACGCGAGUAAUCCGUUUGUGGUGAACGCCACCCGUGUGUUCACACCAAACCCGGUGCGACAGCUGCUGUCGAUGAUAUUACCGCCGUUUGUGCUGAAGAUGAUUAAUAUGAGACACAUUGUCCACGAGUCCGCUCACGAGUUCUUCUUUGAGAUGACCCGUCGUAUAAUGAAUGAGCGCAAGAAGUCGGACGUCAAGUACAACGACUUCAUGGGAUUAGUUAUGAGUGCGGAAUAUAGUGACCAAAGCAGUGAUCAUUAUAAGAAUCCAAUGGAUAUUAAUUCAAACAUUACAAAUGAAAAGGGAGGAAACCCUGGGGACAGUUAUAUAACAAAUGAGGAGAUUCUGGCCAACUCUUGGGACUUCUUCACGACCGGUUACGAGACGACUGCCACUACUCUAGCCUUCGCUACCUAUGAGCUAUCCCUCCAACAGGACGUCCAGCAAAAACUGUACGAAGAGAUCCAGUCGUCGGUGGACUCAGACGGGGAGGUCGACUACGAGCUGAUACAGAAAAUGCCGUUUUUAGACGCCGUGGUCACCGAAACCCUAAGACUGCACUCAAUCACACUAAGAGUGGGACGUAUGGCCGGACAGGACUACAAAUUAGGUGAUACCGGGAUUACGUUAGAGAAGGGACAGACUGUUGAGAUACCUGUGUAUGGUAUACACCAUUGCGAGGAGUUUUAUCCCAAUCCAUCAGUGUUUGAUCCCAAGAGGUUUUUGCCGGAAAAUAGCCAUAAACUCAUACCUUAUACAUACUUACCCUUCGGUGGCGGCCAUAGGACUUGCAUUGGUAUGCGGUUCGCGAUUAUGUUAAUAAAGUUGGCUUUGGUUCACGUAAUGCUGAGAUACCGGUUCGUUACGUCCAAAAAUACAGACAUACCGGUGCUGUUGAAACAGGCCGGACUCAGCCAUACACCGGAACGAUUA